UAAUUCCUCUGAUACAAAGAUUAAAUCAAUCAUCAAAGAACCUCUGGUCGAAAAAUAACUGUCCUGGAAGUGCAUUCUAAAGAUAUAAACAGAAGAGGGAUUUCUAUUCCGAGGAACAUUAUAUUGUCUGGGACUAUUCUCUUUUUGGUCUAUUUUAUUUUGACGAAUCUGCUUCUUCACGACGCCACUAACUGUUUUGAUGCUGGGAACUAAAUUUGUUUUGUAUUCUUGAACAUAGAGAGAUAAGGCAGGCUGCUCUGUUUAUACUGUGAUGUCAUCAAGCCUGGAAUAUUAACCCAAUUGUUGCUGAAAUAAGAAGUGGUUCUUCUUUAUUUUUGUUUUGUUUUGUUUUCGUGGUUUUAAAAAUGGCAAUCAAGAAAGUGGCUGAGAAUCUGGAAGUAAUUAUGUUUCAGAAAAUAAUGGAUGAGAUUGAGAUAACGAAACAAACCCUGCGACAGGGCAGUAAGGAGCUGAAAAUUGAACUGAGCAAAAUUACGCAGGAGCUUAAAGAAAUAGGGGAUCCUGUGAGAGAGGAGAAUGAGAUCAGAGAUGAGAAAAGAAAAAAUAAAGGGAAGAUACAAGCCCUGGAGAUUGGAACAAAUGUGGAAUUGGAAAAAGAUCUGGAGUUUAUGGAUAUUAGAAAUAAAAUCUACUGUUUGGAAUUUAACGUUAUCUCUGAAGAAAUUAAUGAAGAUAUUAGAGAUAAAGUUAUCAAUGGCUUGGAUAAUCUUCUGGACUGGAAUGACGUGAUGGAGCUUGAUAUAGAGAAAAUCUAUGGAAUUAACUGCAGCCAUGUGACAAUGGAAAAACUCUCAAGAGAUGAGCCAGUGCAUUUUGUAAAAAAGAAGAACAGAGAUAUGACUUUACAACAAUAUUUCAGCAACUUAUUCAGAAUUGAUGGCAAGAAAAUAUUUGGGAUAGAGGAAAUUCCCAUCAGACUCUUAUUAUAUGACUAUGGCUAUGACAGCAAGAUUAUUAUGGAAUACUGAUAAUGGAAGAUUGGACACUGAAAUUACUGGACUUAACAGGACUAUUGAAGAUGGAAGAUGGAAUUAAUAGGGAUAAUGGAAUAAUGGCUAUUGAAAUUAUUGGACCUAACAGAUUUUGAUGAGAUGGAUUAAUCGAUAUGUUUAUUUGGGCUAUGGUUAUGACAAUAAGAUUAUUAUUAUUAUUAACGAGAUGGAUUAAUCGACAUGUUUAUU